UAGCCGUUUUUAUUCAUUCUCCUGACCCGUCUCUAUUGGGAGACCUUCGAGGCCACUUGGGUUGCUCCACGCGACGACUGUGGUAAAGGACCCAAUUUGUAAAUGUCCAGCCAUUAGACGUAGGUCGGGAAGAAUGUUUAACCAAAACAUGAGCCUGAAAGAGUGAAAAUUUAGGAGGGGAAUCUUACCAAGAAGGUGUCGACUUAAAGACAUACAACAUAAGAGUUGUGAGUUUAAGUUUUAUUCAGCGGCUUACUGACGAUUAUAGCCCGGGAGACAGCCACUCAGCUCCGAGGAACUGCUCUGCAGAGCUGAUCCUAUUACGAUACUAAUGCCAUCACUGUCUCCUACAAUGGAAGAAGGGAACAUUGUGAAAUGGCUGAAAAAGGAAGGUGAAGCUGUGAGUACUGGAGAUGCCUUAUGUGAAAUAGAGACUGACAAAGCUGUGGUUACCUUAGAUGCAAGUGAUGAUGGCAUCUUGGCCAAAAUAGUGGUUUCAGAAGGAUCUAAAAAUAUACGGCUAGGUUCACUAAUUGGUUUGCUAGUUGAAGAAGGAGAAGAUUGGAAACAUGUUGAAAUUCCCAAGGAUAUAGGUCCUUUGUCACCAGCUUCAAAACCAUCAGUGCCUUGCCCUUCACCAGAACCACAGAUAUCUACCCCUGUCAAAAAGGAGCACACGCCAGGAAAACUGCAGUUCCGUUUAAGUCCAGCUGCCCGCAAUAUUCUGGAAAAACACGCACUGGAUGCUAACCAGGGCACAGCCACUGGCCCUCGGGGGAUAUUCACUAAAGAGGAUGCUCUCAAACUGGUCCAGUUGAAACAGAUGAGCAAGAUCACUGAAUCCAGACCCACCCCAGCCCUGCCAACCAUUCCCACAGCAUCUUUACCCCCACGGGCCACAGCCAGGCCAUCUUAUCCCCGGCCAAUGAUCCCUCCAGUAUCAACUCCUGGACAGCCUAAUGUAGCGGGCACGUUCACUGAAAUCCCUACUAGCAAUAUUAGAAGAGUUAUUGCCAAGAGGUUAACUGAAUCUAAAUGUACUGUACCUCAUGCAUAUGCUACUACUGACUGUGACCUUGGAGCUGUUUUAAAAGUUAGGCAAAAUCUGGUCAGAGAUGACAUCAAAGUAUCAGUCAACGAUUUUAUCAUCAAGGCAGCAGCUGUUACCCUUAAACAAAUGCCGAGUGUUAAUGUAAGCUGGGAUGGAGAGAGCCCAAAGCAACUGCCCUUUAUUGACAUUUCAGUGGCUGUGGCAACAGAUAAAGGGUUAAUUACACCAGUCAUCAAAGAUGCUGCUGCUAAGGGUCUGCCGGAGAUUGCUGACUCUGUGAAGGCUCUAUCAAAGAAAGCUAGAGAUGGAAAAUUGUUACCUGAAGAAUACCAAGGAGGAUCUUUUAGUAUUUCCAACUUGGGGAUGUUUGGCAUCGAUGAAUUUACUGCAGUGAUCAACCCUCCUCAGGCCUGCAUUUUGGCUGUUGGGAGAUUCCGACCUGUGCUGAAGCUCACUCGGGAUGAAGAGGGUAAUGCCAAACUGCAGCAACACCAGCUUAUGACGGUCACAAUGUCCAGUGACAGCCGAGUGGUAGAUGAUGAACUGGCUACCAGGUUUCUGGAAAGUUUUAAAGCAAACCUGGAGAAUCCUAUCCGACUUGCCUAAUCCUCAAAGAUGAGAAGUCGGUCUUUGGCUUAGUUAAUUGUAUCAUUGUUACUGAGAAACAUACACUAUGGGAAAACAAUUCGGUAUUUAAGUGUGAAGUGAAUGAAAUGUUUAUUUAGGGUGAAAGAGUUUGACCUGAGUUGUCUUCAUUUUCAGUUUGGGUUCAGUGUUAUAUAAAUAAAUAACAAACUGUAACUAAUGGAAGGAAGAGAACAUUUGGUUAGUCAGAUGCAUUUUUAAUUUAACCACUGGUGCUGUACAAAAGGGAUGUUCAGCUAGAUGUAAAUUAAAUUAGAUGUUUGGCUCAUUGGAGCGUUCUAGAAUAUUUGAGGAUGUAUGAUAAGUUGUAAAAUCAAAAAAUUUUAGAACUCUACCUUAAUUGUGUUGAAAUUAGAAGUGGUCUUCAAAGAGAAACCCAUUAAUGUAGCAGUGGGACGUCACUUUUAUAAGCACUGCUCUAGAUAUACUUGAACAAUUUAAUAUGUACAGAAGUUUAUUCUGGAUACUAGUAGGUAAAUAAGAAUCACUCUGUAUUAGGGGUUGUGGCAACAUUAUUGAAUUUUUUAUGUAUAUAAAGCCAUAUGUUUUAGAGUGGUUUCUAUCAGUCUUAUUUUACACUUCUAUGACACUGUGAACUAAAGAAGAAGAAUUAAAAAGAAUCAAAGGUGAAGAAAGAGACCAAAAUAUUUUGUUUGCUUUGAUAAUAAACUACAGUUAAAAUAUCUAAACCUUCAGAAAUAAACUGCUCCCCUUCAUACUGAGUUGGAAUAUAUUAAAGUAAGUUAUGCUAUUUCCUACCUAACAUUUUAAGUUAGUGUUGAUUUAAACACAUGUUGUUACUCAGUGCAUUUUAAUCAAGUUUAUACUGUGCAAUAAAAUAUGAGAAAAUAUAAAAAUUUCUAUUGUAUUUUAAAUGUUAUGCCACAGAAGUUUAGUACCUGGAAGUAUAUUAGUAAUUUCCCUGGAAUAGCUUAAAAGGGAUUCUACAGGAGGAGAGAAGGAAUUUAAAAUCACAGUUAACCCUUGUGAGGGUGAGGGGAGCUGAUCCCAAGCAGUUGAAAAUCUGCGUUUAAGUUUACAGUUGGUUCUCAUAUCCAUGGUUCUGCAUCUGGGGAUUCAAUCAACCGGGGAUCGGGUAGUACUAUACUAGGUAUUUAUUGAAAAAACUCCACGUGUAAGUGGACAUGCACAGUUCAAACUCGUUGUUCAAGGGUCAACUGUAAUAUGACAUUAGGAAAAAAUGGAUGUGAAAUGUAAAACUUCAGAAAGAAUAGAAGGCCUGUGAAGCAGGUGAGAACUAUCCUUUUUAUUCCAUUGAUAAUAUGAAAAUUUGACUAAUUGUUGUAAAGGUUAGAAGAGCUUAUUUCUCUCUUUUAACAACUCUGCUACGACUGACAAGCUAAUUGUAACUGGAAUUGGAUGGUGAUUUAGUUAACUAGUCACAGAGUCGUGUUGCUCUCUGCUGAUGAGAAUCACCAGAAGAAAGACUAUGUGGUACAAGUUGUAUGCUCUGACAUGAUGAACUACUUAUGCUCUAACAAAAGAGCUUUCUAGAAUAAUUAGAGCCCCAGUAUAUCAAUUGCUAGGAAGAUGCUUAAUCCAAUUA